AGUGGGACGCCAUCACACCAAAAUGGUGUGAUGUUUUGCCGUGUCCAUUGGAGAUGGCCAGGAAGCUUCCCAUCUCUCUCUCUCCCCCCCACCGCCAUGGACAGGGACGGGUGAUUCGGUGAAUUUUCUAUUCGCUUAAAAGGCCUUGUUCUUCUGUCCAUUCUCUCUUUCGCUUUCGAGAUCGCUUUCGCUUUCUUCCACCGGCACCCCCUUCCAUUUUCCUCAUCUCGCAGACGGAGAUCCAACCAAAGGCACACAAAAGUCAAUCAAAUCCCCAAGUCGAAUCACCUCUCGCAUUUCUUUCCGCUUUCCCUGAUGCCUCACAUCACGUGAAGUGCUGUUCCGGUUGCGGUUGUUACCUUCGAUUCUUCGGAUCAGAGACAAGUCCUCCCCGAACCAUGGUGGGGGUUUGCUCCCUCCAUCCGGACGCUAUUCGGUUUUCAGUAUGAAAUCGGAAGCUUCAGCAUCGACAUUGCCUCCACUGGGUCCUGGGGGUAGUUCAGAGUCAAGUCAUUUUGGCCAUGGCAUGUCUUAUGAUUCUAGCCACUUUAGCCAUGAUAUUAGCUGAAUGCCUGAUAACCCACGAAAUAAUUUGGGACACCGACGAGCCCACUCUGAGAUUCUUACUCUUCCAGAUGACAUCAGCUUUGAUAGUGAUCUUGGUGUCGUGGGUGGUUUGGAUGGGCCUUCUUUGUCUGAUGAGACCGAAGAAGAUUUUCUUUCAAUAUAUCUUGACAUGGAUAAAUUCAAUUCAUCCUCUGCAACAUCGGCUUUCCUAGUUGGAGGGCCAUCUUCUGCAGCAGGUUCAGCAUCUGCCUUGAAUCCUGCUUCAACGCCUCCAGUUGUUCCCAUGGGCAGUGGGUCUAAUGAGAGGCCCAGAGUCAGGCAUCAGCAUAGCCAGUCUAUGGAUGGGUCAACUACAAUUAAGCCUGAGAUGCUCAUGUCCGGUACAGAGGAGUCUUCUGCAGCUGAUUCUAAGAAAGCUAUUUCUGCUGCUCGUAUUGAUCCAAUGCGUGCAAAGAGUUCCCCCUUUUAUGUCCGGGUGAGAGAGAAUCUGUCUAUGAGAGUUGCAGACUUUCACCAUCCUCUUUGGGCUCCAUUGAGGGGUCCUUCACUUUUGUCCCUGACAGCUUGGCAGAUCCAAAAGGCUAGCCUUUUUGGCGUUUCAGUAGCUCGUUUUCCCCUCCAGUUACCAGACUACAUAUACUAAUCCGAUGCUGACUGUUCUGCAAGAUCUAUUUAGUCGAAAUUAGAGUAUCAUCAGCUGGUUGAAUGUUUGGUUGCUCUGUGUUUAUUUUGCAUCCUACGUUGUCUUCCCUACGUGCAAUGUCUAUGUAACUUCUUAUAAUCUUAGGGCUGAAGGGAGCUUGUGAUGUGCAAAGAUUAGUGAUUUCUCAAAGCUGACUAAACUUGCCUUUGACAUGACAUGCAUAUUUUGAUAUGGAAUGGUUGGACUGUUGCCCUUAGAAA